AUGCAAGCCGCAAGCAAAUCAACCAAAUUGUCUCCCGCAUUGCCAGUAAUAGGAACCUUGCCCAGCGGGGGUUCGAACUGGGUCUUGAUCGGCUAUUGCCGCUGCCGUCUUCCUAGAAACAAGCUGGGUUCGAGCAGCAUUGCAGAGAAUUGUGGAUGCAUUAGGCCUGGCGUGGCCAGAUUCUUGAGCUGGGAAAUUUCCGUGCAAGGCUCGGAUAAUUACGGAUCUCCUAUCUUCCAUUACGAAUUAAUGAUUCGCAUAUUGAUACGCGCAUUCUAUUUGCCGCAGAACAAUCGCAUGUGA